CUUACACAAGUCUGGAAAUCUGUUAUCAUGUCAGCAGUAGAAAAACAGGACGAAGCCCCUGAUGUGUUGGAGGAGACGGGAGCCCUGGAGGCCGACAUCGGUGCUCGAUUCGACUACCAACUUAGUAACAUCGAUCCGAGGCUCAAGAUCGAUAUGGAUCCGCUGGCGCACAGAGACUUCCGCCCGGAAAUGAUGUUCAUACGCGAUGAGCUGCGUCAGGCCAAGUUUCAAGCCCUUGCCGUCCGCCGCACGGCUCUCAAGAAGUUGCUGCUGCAGGACUUCAUCCGCGAGGACUGCGAGCUGAGGAACCUCGGGCUGGCGUACGCGCCGGCCGAUCCCUAACCAGCAACCCAGA